AGUUAACUGGAUAGAGGAAAACAAAGCUAGGAAAGUAGUUGUGUGCUCGGACUCCAGCAGUGCAUUGACGAGCAUAAAAAACAUAACAUCAGAAACAAGACUAGAUAUAGUUUAUGAAAUAGUUCAGGCAAUCUACAGGAUAAAUAAAGCGGGAGGUGUGGUAACAUUUCUCUGGGUUCCUGCUCAUGUAGGAGUUGAGGGAAAUGAGUUAGCUGAUAGGUACGCAAAACAAGCAACCACUAAAACAGAAGUAAACAUGGAGAUUAAGCACAGUAAAGAAGAAGUGAAGAGCAUAAUUAAGAUAGAACACAAUAAAAAGUGGCAGGAUAAUUGGAAUAAGGAAACAAAAGGUAGAGAGUUUUACAAAGUCCAGAGGAAAGUAGGUGUAAUGAGAGGAGGGGGUAGAAAUAGGAAAGAAGAAGACAUUAUUACUAGAAUGAGAUUAGGCCAUACAUAUCUAAAUAGUUCACUAAAAUUGAUAGGCAAACAUACUACAGGGCUGUGUGAUUUUUGCCACCAGAUAGAAAAUGUUGACCAUGUCUUAAUACAAUGUAGGAAAUAUAAUAGAGAAAGAGAAAUACUGGAAAAUAAGUUAGCAAAAGAAAAUAUUAGGUUAGAAGUGGGAGAUAUAUUAGGAUUGCAUUCAGAAAACAUAGGAUAUAAAGCAAUAUACACAUAUUUAAAAAACACUGGGUUAAGUAAAAUAAUAUAGAGUAGGGAUCCACCUCGGUCCACACUCCAUUACAGUAGGUGGCGGUAAUGCACACCAGAAGGUUGCUUGCCAACCGCCAUAAAAAUAAAAGAAGAAGAAGAAGAAGAUGCCCUUUUUCCCUCUCAUUCGGCCAUGCGGCGGAAGCAGCCGUGAACUAUCUUGGUGGUACAGUAACAUCUUUGAACGUAAAUUCGACAAGCGACGUUUCAGGAAGUGGCGCUUCACAUCGCCAGUAUACCCCGGUGUCGGUAGGGUAGUUAAAGCAGCUUACUCUUUGUUAUAAUUGUUCUUUUUUUAUGUUAAAUGUUAAUUUAAGGGGUAUUUAAUUAUCAAAUCGGAUAAUAUUUGGUGUUGGGUUGUGUUGGUGAAGUGCAGCCUGAAAGCAAAACUUGGCUUUUUCGUCAACAUUAAGACAAACACUGGACUGGGCUGUUAUAAAACACUGCGAAUGCAAGCAACUGUUAUUGCAAUUUAAAUUUGGAAAGUACAACAAAACAAAAAAAAUGGCCAGUGCAAGUUUAGUGAUGGAGUGGCGUUAGGCUAGCGACUGUUGUUUGUGUGCUGCAAGGAUUAUGCAGACAAAACACGGACGCUACUCCGGUCAUUUGAACGCACCACAAGCGUCCUGUCUUACACGUGUUAUAUUAAGACACUUGGCAAAAGACCCAGUAACGAGCAUUCGGCCACCACCGACCGUGUUUGCACGUCGCCAUGGAAGAAGAAGCCUUCGCCCAGAUAGUGAGCGCUGUCAACCAGCUGGUGUCAUGGGUGGCGGCCGGGGCUAUGGUGUUCGGCGGGGUGGUUCCGUACAUCCCGCAGUACCGGGACAUCAGGCGCACACAGAACGCCGAGGGCUUCUCCACAUAUGUGUGCUUGGUCCUCCUGGUGGCCAACAUCCUGCGAAUCCUCUUCAGAUUCGGCCGCUACUUUGAGACGCUGCUGCUGUGGCAGAGCAUCAUCAUGAUCGCCACCAUGCUGGUCAUGCUCAACCUGUGCACCAGCGUCCGCAUGGCCACGGAACUGAACACCAAAAGACGCUCAUUCCUAGCGACAGACAUUAAGGAGGAGGAGGUCAGAAUCCCUAACAGGCUCUUUCUGGACUUCGACUGGAACUAUUUCUGGUCGUGGAGCCGCUUCUUGGACUACUUGCAGUGCGUGGUGGCCUUCACGCUGGUGGCGGCCUACGUCACGUACGUGCUCCUCGACUCGGCCGUCUUCGUCGAGUCGCUGGGCUUCCUGGCGGUGUUCACGGAGGCCAUGCUGGGGACGCCGCAGCUCUACUGCAACCACCAGAACAAGUCGACAGAAGGCAUGAGCAUCAAGAUGGUACUGAUGUGGACAAGCGGCGACACCUUCAAGACGGUCUACUUCCUGCUCACCCAGGCGCCCGUGCAGUUCUGGACAUGCGGUUUGCUGCAGGUAAUUGUGGACUUUGCCAUCCUCUUCCAAGUUUACUACUAUGGUCGCUACCCACACAAACCGGCGUCGCACACCGUCUCCCACACCACUAGUGCCAAAGCCCUCUGAGAUCUCGCCAAGAGUUGGAACUGAAAAAAAAAAUGUUUAUUUAUGAUACUCAAUAUGAAUACAACGUUACUGAAGUAUUGGUAGGGACAUGUAAAGUAGUGAAGGCAUUUAUUUGGCCCCAUUACAGGAAGGUGGGAGGUUAAUCAUUUUGCACUGCAGUCUACUGAAAAUAAUGGAAAGCGGCACUCGACAUAGCAAACGGUCAAAGUUGGAGUUGCUACAAAAUGUCUUUUAAAGGCCUACUGAAACCCACUACUACCGACCACGCAGUCUGGUAGUUUAUAUAUCAAUGAUGAAAUAUUAACUUUGCAACACAUGCCAAUACGGCCGGUUUAGUUCACUAAAUUGCAAUUUUAAAUUUCCCGCGGAGUUUCUCGUUGAAAACGUCGCGGAAUGAUGGCGCGUGCGCGUGACGUCACGGACUGUCAGGAAAUGUUAGCCCAGCACCAUUUACGGCUAAAAGUCGUCUCUUUUCAUCGCGCAAUUAAACAGUAUUCUGGACAUCCGUGUUGCUGAAUCUUUUGCAAUUUGUUCAAUUAAUAAUGGAGAAGUCAAAGUACAAAGAUAGAGUUGGGAAGCUUUAUCCUUUAGCCACACAAACACACGGUGAUUCCUUGUUUAAAAGUCCCGGAGGUGAAGCUUUGCUAUGGAUCAGAGCGGUCAAGCAAACAUGAAUUCCGACCACUUGUUAACCGGCAGGUUUCAGUGAGAAAAUUGUGUUAAAAAGUCGCCUCUUACCGGAGAUCAGUGGAGUUUGCGCCGUCCUUGUAUCUGCCGUCGACUUCCCUCAGAGACUGGCCUCAAGACACCCGUGGACACACCCCCCAAUUAUCAGGUACUAUUUAAUCUCACUAAAACACUAGCAACACAAUAGAAAGAUAAGGGAUUUCCCAGAAUUAUCCUAGUAAAUGUGUCUAAAAACAUCUGAAUCCGUCCCAAUGCAAUCACCUUUUUUUUUAAAACUUUAUUUAGAAAAAAAAAAUUGUUCUAGUCCUUCGCUAUCAAUAUCAUCAUCCUCGAAUCUUUCAUCCUCGCUCAAAUUAAGGGGGAAAUUGUCGUUUUCUCGGUCCGGAUAGCUCUUGCUGCUGGAGGCUCCCAUUAAAAACAGUGUGAGGACUUGAGGAGCCCUCACCCUUGGGACGUCAUCGUCUGCGACUUCCGGUAAAGGCGAGGCUUUUUUAUCAGGACCAAAAGUUGCAAACUUUGUCGUCGAUGUUCUCUACUAAAUCCUUUCAGCAAAAAUAUGGCAAUAUCGCAAAAUGAUCAAGUAUGACACAUAGAAUGGACCUGUUAUCCCCGUUUAAAAUAAGAAAAUCUCAUUUCAGUAGGCUUUUAAGGGAUUUCAACACUCCAAAUUUGUCACGUUUCAAGUGUCAGGCAAACCGCGACGAAUGGGGCCAAAUGAAUCCCCUUCCUGCUGAAAGUGAAAAUGGAUGACCUUGGAGUGUUUUCAUGGGGACCUCACCCCUUUUUUAAGGGGUUUAUGUCAGUGAUCUGAAGUUGAACUCUCUUGUGGACUAAGACAAAAAGUGUUCACCCAGAACUGAAAGCAAAAGGCAAAGAUGAAGACUGCAAAUUCAUGCGGGGAAUCUUUUUUUGCAAAGACUUUGUGGAUUGACUGUUGCAUGGCCAACCUUCUUCUGCCUUAAAAACCCACAAUCAGACAUGGACAACCCAGUUCUGUAUAUCAUUGAACAAGGCAUUUUUUUUCCCACUUCGAACAAUCAAAGGAGCAGAGUGUAUAACAACAAACAAGAGCGGACUUCAGAAAGGAUCACUUGAAGAACAUUUUUUUUUUCCUCAAAGAUGAAUUGUGAAUGGUUCAAUUCUCUUCCAGAAUUGUAUCUUCUCACCCAUCACACCACCGCAUGACCCUCGUGUUCAUCACAUUGCCAAUAUAAGAACACCUCCUUCUCCUCUGUCUAUCCUUUUCAUUUUAUUUUCUUACAUGAAAAUUAAUUUCCUGUUCAGUUGAAUACCGAAUCAGACCCUCGUCACCUGAAGAAUCAGACUAUCGUCACCUGAAGGCCCUUAUCUUCCCUGCAUAUAUAUAUAUAUAUAUAUAUAUGUAUGUAUGUAUGUAUGUAUGGACGUAUGAACGUACAUAUGUAUGUGUAUAUAUAUAUAUAUAUAUAUAUAUAUAUACAUGUGUAUAUGUAUAUACAAACCCCGUUUCCAUAUGAGUUGGGAAAUUGUCUUAGAUGUAAAUAUAAACAGAAUAAAAUGAUUUGCAAAUCCUUUUCAACCCACAUUCAGUUGAAUGCACUACAAAGACAAGAUAUUUGAUGUUCAAACUCAUAAACAUUAUUUUGUUUUGCAAAUAAUAAUUAACUUAGAAUUUUGGGGCUGCAACACGUGCCAAAGUAGUUGGGGAAGGGCAUGUUCACCACUGUGUUACAUCACCUUUUCUUUUAACAACACACAAUAAACGUUCAGAAACUGAGGAAACUAAUUGUUGAAGCUUUGAAAGUGGAAUUCUUUCUCAUUCUUGUUUUAUGUAGAGCUACAGUCGUUCAACAGUCCGGGGUCUCCGCUGUCGUAUUUUACGCUUCAUAAUGCGCUACACAAUUUUGAUGGGAGACAGAUCUGGACUGCAGGCGGGCCAGGAAAGUACCCGCACUCUUUUUUACGAAGCCACGCUGUUGUAACACGUGCUGAAUGUGGCUUUGUAUUGUCUUGCUGAAAUAAGCAGGGGCGUCCAUGAUAACGUUGCUUGGAUGACAACAUAUGUGCAAAACCUGUAUGGACCGUUCAGCAUUAAUGGUGCCUUCACAGAUGUGUAAGUUACCCAUGCCUUGGGCACUAAUGCACCCCCAUACCAUCACAGAUGCUGGCUUUUGAACUUUGCGUCUAACAAUCCGGAUGGUUAUUUUCCUCUUUGUUCCGGAGGACACCAAGUCCACGGUUUCCAAAUAUAAUUUGAAAUGUGGACUUGUCAGACCACAGAACACCUUUCCACUUUGCAUCAGCCCAUCUUAGAUGAGCUCGGGCCCAGCGAAGCCAGCGGCGUUCCUUGGUGUUGUUGAUAAAUGGGUUUUGCUUUGCAUAGUAGAGUUUUAACUUGCACUUACAGAUGUAGCGACCAACUGUAGUUACAGACAGUGGUUUUAUGAAGUGUUCCUGAGCCCAUGUGGUGAUAUCCUUUCCACACUGAUGUCGGUUUUUGAUGCAGUACCGCCUGAGGAAUCAAAGGUCCGUAAUAUCAUCGCUUACGUGCAGUGAUUUCUCCAGAUUCUCUGAACCUUUUGAUGAUUUUACGGACCGUAGAUGGUAAAAUCCCUAAAUUCCUUGCAAUAGCUCAUUGAGAAAUGUUGUUCUAAAACUGUUCGACAAUUUGCUUGCAAAAUGGUGACCCUCGCCUCAUCCUUGUUUGUGAAUUACUUAGCAUUUCAUGGAAGCUGCUUUUAUACCAAUCAAGGCCCCCACCUGUUCCCAAUUAGCAUGCACACAUGUGGGAUGUUCCAAAUAAGUGUUUGUUGAGCAUUUCUCAACUUUAUCAGUAUUUAUUGCCACCUUUCCCAACUUUUUUGUCACAUGUUGCUGGCAUCAAAUUCUAAAGUUAAUGAUUAUUUGCAAAAAAAAUAUUUUUUUUAGCAGUUUGAACAUCAAAUAUGUUGUUUUUGUAGCAUAUUCAACUGAAUACGGGUUGAAAAUGAUUUGCAAAUCAUUGUAUUCCGUUUAUAUUUACAUCUAACACAAUUUCGCAACUCAUAUGGAAACAGGGUUUGUAUAUGUAUGUAUAUAUGUAUGUAUAUACAGUAUGUGUAUAAUCUCUUUCCACUGCUAUUAACUAUUAAUCAUGAUAUGUCUUCAGUCAACUGCACUCUGUUACUGCUCCUCAGCAGCCGUAUGAAUAUUAAUUCCACAUGAAUUUGCCUUCUUGUUCUCCACAUAGUCGACAAGCUGGAAUAACCUGGUAACAGUAAAAUCAAAUUAGUUUUUUUCCUCCUUAAUGUUACUUUUUACAUUGUCUCAUUUAUGUAUUAGCUUCUAUACCAAAACUACUCUUUUUUAAAUAUAUAUAGUUCUCUUUAUGUAUUUGCAAUGUUACAAAAUGUCUUUUGAGCAUCCGCCAACACUGGUUUGGAGGAAAUGGACCAAAUAAAAAAAGACUUGGAAAGA